AACCUGUUGCUGUUGUUCUUUCCAAGAAGAAGAACAAGCAACACCCUGUUAUCUCCGAAGGUACAAGUAAAAAGUGAUUUUGCUUUUUUAUAUCUUCAGAUAGACCUGUUUGUUUUCUUAUUAUCAAAAAUGAUUGAAGUAGAACUGUCGAACUGACCAAGCCCUCGGUUUCAGUUAAACGCACACAAGGGAAUGCAGCAGAGGGCAUGUAGGUUUUGCAUCACUUGCAGCCUGCUCCGCAGCAAUCACCACGGCGGGGAGAAUCAGACCCAUCGUGUUCAAGGUGGUUAUCUACCUACAGCGGGACAUGUCAGGAGAGAGCUGCUUGCACCAGCUUCAUCCACAAACAAGGCCCAAUGUGUCUGUCUCUUCAUUGGCCUGCUCCAAGACGAACACCAGCCCUUACCAUGGUGUCACCGGCAACAAGUAUGUGCAGCUCAAUGUUGGUGGCAAUCUUUACUAUUCCACACUGCAAGUGCUCACGCGACAGGACACCCUACUGAGAUCCAUGUUCAGUGGCAAGACGGAGGUGCUCACUGAUAAGGAAGGUCGGAUUUUAAUAGAUCGCUGUGGGAAACACUUUGGUUUGAUUCUCAGCUAUCUCCGUGAUGGAUUUGUGACCUUGCCCAAGAGCAGACAGGUUAUCAUGGAGCUCCUAGCAGAAGCCAAGUAUUACCAGAUCCAGGGGUUGAUAGACUUGUGCCAGAGAGCCCUGCAGGAAAAUGAAGAAAAGGCUUUGUGUGUUAUCCCGGUCAUAACAUCUCCUAAAGAGGAGGAGAGACUGAUAAAAGGCUGUGUAAAGCCUGCUGUAAAACUGCUUUACAACCGAGGUAACAACAAAUAUUCCUAUACAAGCAACUCGGAUGACCACCUACUCAAGAAUAUCGAGCUGUUUGAGAAGCUGUCUCUGAGCUACAGCCGUCGUGUGCUCUUCAUUAAAGAUGUCAUUGGAGAUGAGAUCUGCUGCUGGUCCUUUUACGGACAGAGGCGCAAGCUAGCAGAAGUCUGCUGCACAUCCAUUGUGUAUGCUACUGAGAAAAAGCAGACAAAAGUUGAGUUUCCAGAAGCACGGAUCUACGAGGAGAUGCUAAAUGCCCUGCUGUAUGAGACUCUCCCAGUCCCAGAUAACUCUCUGUUGGAGGCCACUCGCAGACGGAACAAUUGUUGCUCACACAGUGAAGAGGAGGAAGCCGUGGAGCUGAGGGAGCGUGUGCGGCGCAUCCACAUUAAAAGAUACAGCACUUAUGACGACAGACCACUUGGACAUUAGCCUAACUGUGAAUUCCAGGACAUUUUAUAUAUAUCCUUCCAACUAGUGCUUCUGUUUUCACAUUGUCUGUGGAGAACACUAAUCUACCAGCAGCGUUUAACCACUUUGUAGUUCGCUGCCCGAACCGAUUGCUACUCUGUGAUUUUUAUUUUUUUGUAGUUGGCUUGACAAUCGAUGUUUUGGAUGAAAUGCUGCUUGAAAAUUGUUGUCAACAUCACACAGAAAGCUGAUAAUGAAUUAGCAUUAGUGCUUUUAAUUUUUAAAUUAUUGACCUUAUUAUUUUGUUGUUUUUAUUUAAUUUUUUUUUAGAAUACACUUUUUAAAAAUAGUAGUUACUAAUCUAAUCAUAGCAUGUUUUGAUAACAUCUUCGCCAAGAUGAAUUUGCCAAAUACAUCACUGCUACAUACAGGAUUAUAUACCCCGGUACAAUCCUGCCUUAUGCCUACAUCAUCUGAUACUGUGAUUAAAAAAAA